GUUCAGAGUGGAAAACAACACCAGCAUGGAACAGUGUUUAUAGACCAUCCACAAACAGAAGGAAAGAGAAGACCUGCCAUUUAAAGACCAAAAAAAAAAAAAAAAAAAAAAAAGUGCUGCAUAUACAGAUCCUCAAUCAGCGUGAAUGGCAUUAACAAAGGAUUCAUUUGAACGGAUUAAGUGGCUUAUUACAGCUGCCUGGUGCCUGCUGAUGGUUUUUGCAGCGCAAGGAACCUCUGGGGGAGGAUAUGCAUAUAUUGACCCAUGUGGGGGACAGGAUUGUUCAGUUUGUCGGUGCUUUCCAGAAAAAGGAUCAAGGGGUCAGCCCGGUGAUCUGGGAGCUCAGGGGCCAAUUGGGUCCUUGGGAUCUGCAGGACCUGCUGGUCUGCCAGGGGAAAAAGGACUGAGAGGUGAGAACGGGCAGCCUGGACCAGCUGGACAGAAAGGUGAUAAGGGCCCAACUGGAGUCCCAGGAUUCCCUGGUUUAGAUGGUGUUCCUGGAUUACCAGGAAGGGAAGGACCCAGAGGCAAGCCUGGCUUGGAUGGCUACAACGGCUCGAGGGGAGAUCCAGGAUUUCCAGGAGAAAAUGGUUAUAUGGGCCCGAGGGGUCCUUAUGGAAAUCCAGGGCAAAAAGGAGAAAAAGGAAAUUCAGUGUACGUUGCACGUUUUGGAAAAGGACCUCCAGGAGAGAGAGGUGAUCCUGGCCCCCCUGGCACGCCCGGACCUAGAGGGGCAAGAGGUCCACCAGGCCCAGCUGGAUACCCAGGCCAUCCAGGCUUGCCUGGUAUUCCAGGUUACCCUGGUUUGCCAGGUGAACAGGGAAAUCCAGGUAUUGGAGUGGAUGGACAGAAGGGGGAGCCGGGUGACAUUGGACUUCCUGGGCCACCUGGGUUACCACUCUUAGUUGGACCUCCUGGAGCUCAGCUGUUCAAAGGAGAAAAGGGCCAGAAAGGAUUACCUGGGGUAACAGGAUACAGAGGGCCACGUGGACCCAAAGGUGUACUUGGGAGAGGAGAAAAGGGUGAAAAAGGCCUUCCUGGAUUCCCUGGAUUGCGGGGUCAUCCUGGAUCUUAUGGACCUGCAGGUUUUCCUGGAAUGAAGGGUGAAAUGGGCUUUGCUGGUUUUCCUGGGCAGCCUGGCUAUCCAGGCAUACAGGGGGAUCCAGGAGAAAAAGGGCCCCCAGGUCCUCCUGGAGCUGUUGGGACUCCUCCGCUUCCUAUUAAAGGUCCACGAGGAGAUCCUGGAUUCCCAGGCCCUGCUGGUGAUAUGGGGUCAGUUGGGCCAGUGGGUCCUGCAGGCCUGCUAGGAAGACCAGGAUAUGAUGGAACAAGUCUCCCUGGCCUGCCAGGGGUAAGUGGGGCACCAGGACCUCAAGGUUUUCAAGGUGACCCUGGUUUGCCUGCAACAGAUGAAUUAAUCCCAGGAAGACCUGGAGUUCCUGGACCACCAGGCCUACCAGGGCAGCCUGGAAGACAAGGCUUACCUGGACUACCCAGUGUGAUCUGUACUGACAGAGGAAUCACUGGAGAACCCGGAGCAAAAGGUCAGAUCGGCCCUCCAGGAAGGAAAGGUGCAAAAGGAGAAAAGGGAAGUCAAGGCCUCUGCUCGUGUGCUGCUGGUCCUCCUGGUGCCCGUGGUGUGCAGGGACCUCCAGGUGCUCAAGGAAAGAAAGGACAGAUGGGAUACCCUGGAAGACACGGAGAAAAAGGUGACCCAGGCUCAGCUGGGGCAAGGGGAUCACCAGGGCUCCCUGGGAUCCCUGGUUCUGCUGGACAGCACGGUGAAAAAGGAGAGAAGGGUGAUCCAGGAAGAGUCAGGAUAAAAGGAUUAAAAGGUGAAAGAGGACCUACUGGGGUUCCAGGAUUUCCAGGCCAGAGAGGUCUUGAUGGCAGAGAUGGGGAACUAGGAUUGCCUGGGGAAAAGGGAGCCGAGGGCGACACUGGAGUCUCUCUCCCAGGUGAUAAAGGAUUCCCUGGGCUCCCAGGACCUCCUGGGGUGAAAGGACAGAUAGGAUUGCCUGGUUUGGGGUUUCCUGGCCCUCCAGGAGCCAGAGGUAGCCCUGGAGACUUUGGUGAUCCUGGUAAUGUUGGGCCACCUGGGCCAAAAGGCCAGAAAGGUGACACUGUCUGCAUCACAUCACCCUACCCUGGAAGUCCAGGUCCCCCAGGUUUUAAAGGUGUUCAAGGACCAAAGGGUUUAAAAGGACUCCCUGGGCAUCCUGGACCAAACGGCUUUGAAGGGCAAAAAGGCCGUCGAGGCAGACCAGGAGCAGGAAUCCCUGGGCCAGAAGGCUUUCGAGGCACAGCUGGUGAUCCCGGUGACCAGGGGGAAAGAGGAUCCACAGUUGAUGGUAAAAACGGCCCUCCAGGCCCACCUGGCACAGAUGGUCAGAAAGGUCUUCCAGGUGACACCACGUAUGGCCCUCCUGGAAUCCCGGGAAACAGGGGACUGCCAGGACCCCCUGGAGCACAAGGAGCAAGGGGGAAUCCAGGCAUUCCUGGGCUUCAAGGACAACCUGGCACCCCAGGAUUUCCAGGUGCCAAGGGUUUCAGAGGCCCAGAAGGUGAUAUAGGAGCACCAGGCUGUCCAGGCUUCCCUGGUCCACCCUGUGUCACGGGCUUACCAGGGCCACCAGGACUCCGAGGUGCCAUGGGCCUGCCAGGACCUCAAGGUUUACCAGGCUUUAAAGGCCAGAGGGGAGACAGGGGCCAAGCUGGGCCACCUGGAAUCAAAGGUCUGAGAGGUUCUCCAGGCUCACAAGGUCCCCCAGGUCCUCCAGGCUCACGAGGGCUCCCAGGACUGCCAGGCAAUAGAGGACCUGCUGGUUUCCCAGGAGAAACAGGAAGCAAAGGGAUUCAGGGACCCCAAGGAUUCCCAGGACUCCCAGGAAUACAAGGCACAGAGGGAAUCUCCGGUGCAAAAGGCGAAGAAGGAAAAAUGGGUCCACCUGGGCCUGGUGGAGAAUGUGGGGAUGCAGGAACAAAAGGUGAAAGGGGGCCUCCAGGAGACAGCGGCUUCAUUAACAUCCGUUUAGAGAAAGGGCAAAUGGGAGACCCAGGGUUUCCUGGUGAGAGUGGAUUCAGAGGUGAAAGAGGUGAAAAAGGCAAUACUGGUUACAGAGGCACCCGAGGAUUGCCAGGGAAGAACGGUGUUCCAGGACUGCCAGGUGACCAAGGUGACACCGGAGUGAUGGGCUUUCCAGGACCUCUGGGUUUCCCAGGACCAAAAGGCUUUACAGGAAUUACAGGUUUUCAAGGAGAACCAGGUGACCAGGGUGAGGUUGGCUUACCAGGAAUCCCAGGAAAUCCAGGACUGCCUGGGCCCAAAGGAUGCAAAGGUGAGAGAGGGGACCCAACUCCUCUGCUUGGUGCCCGUGGUCGGAAAGGGCCACCCGGAGAUCCAGGAUCAGCAGGGCCCUGUGGAUUCCCAGGGGAGAAGGGUUCACCAGGAAUCCAAGGACAACCUGGAGGGCCAGGAUCCAAGGGUGACCCUGGAUAUCCAGGAAUACCAGGAUUACCAGGGGCUACAGGUCCUCAGGGAUUACCAGGAGAACCUGGGGAAAGAGGGAAACGUGGAAUUUUGGGACCUCCAGGAUUGCAAGGAUUACCUGGAUUCCAAGGCAGAAAAGGUCUUCCUGGACUUCCUGGACUGGAUGGCUUAGAUGGACUAAAAGGUCAAAAAGGUUCUGCAGGAGCUCCAGGUCAAAGUGAAACAGGGCCCCCAGGGUACCCAGGAGAAACUGGACCAAAAGGAGACAGAGGUGAACCUGGAUGGCCUGGUGUUUCUAUUCCAGGCCCCCCUGGAGAAAGGGGAUUCCCAGGAUUCCCAGGUAGAAGAGGACCUGUUGGACCCACUGGACCUAUGGGAAGAUCUCCUGAUAGUGCUUCUCCUGGUCCUCCAGGUGAUCAAGGACCACCUGGCUUAGAUGGCAUCAGAGGUCAUCCUGGGAAUCCUGGGCCUCCUGGAGAGACCAUCUUGGUGCGAGGAGAUUCAGGUGACGUCGGCGCUCGAGGGGCACCAGGGAAUCCUGGCCAGAGAGGACAACAAGGAGCCAGAGGUCCUCCAGGGAACCAAGGAAGAGAAGGCCCAAAGGGUCCUAUGGGGGUCCAUGGCCCACAGGGUCCACCUGGUGCUACAGGACAACCAGGAGACCAAGGUUUUCCAGGAAGACCCGGUCCCAGAGGUCCCACAGGUUUCAUAGGUGACCCUGGGGAGCCAGGAAUAGUUGAUGAUUCGUGCCCUAAAAUCCCAGGCCCCCCUGGGGAAGCAGGGCAGAGAGGAGAGGACGGCUCUGCAGGAUUACCAGGGCCAAUAGGCCACCCUGGACCCCACGGAAGAAAAGGUGAAGAAGGGGCAUGUGGCCUGCCAGGUCAAGAUGGCUCACCAGGGGCACCUGGGCCACCAGGUGACCAAGGGAGCAGAGGAGAGCAAGGAUAUGCUGGGCCACAAGGUCCACCUGGCCAGACUGGUAUCCCAGGACCACCAGGCCCCCACACGAGAUCUGCAAGUGGAUUCUUGCUCGUCCUUCACAGCCAGUCAGACAGAGAACCGCUCUGCCCACAGGGGAUGCCAAAAUUGUGGACUGGCUACAGUUUGCUGUACCUGGAAGGACAGGAAAAGGCCCAUAAUCAAGAUCUUGGUCUGGCAGGCUCUUGUCUCCCCGUGUUUAGCACCAUGCCCUUUGCCUACUGCAACAUCAACCAGGUGUGUUACUACGCCAGCCGGAACGACAAGUCCUACUGGUUGUCCAGCGCCGCCCCCCUGCCCACGGAGCCGCUCUCCGAGCAGGAAAUCCAGCCCUACAUCAGCAGGUGUGCUGUGUGCGAGGCCCCAGCCCAGGCAGUGGCAGUUCACAGUCAAGAUGAGUCCAUCCCUCCCUGCCCAGCGAACUGGAGGAGCCUUUGGAUCGGGUAUUCCUUUCUGAUGCACACUGGCUCUGGUGAUCAGGGUGGUGGACAGUCCCUUAUGUCACCUGGAAGCUGCCUGGAGGACUUCAGAUCAGCACCAUUCAUCGAGUGCCAGGGCCAGCGGGGGACGUGUCAGUUCUUUGCCAAUGAAUACAGCUUCUGGCUGACAACUGUGAUGCCUGAACUGCAGUUUGCAUCAGCCCCCCUGUCAGGAACUCUGAAAGAAGGACAAGAGCAGAGGAGGAGAAUCAGCAGGUGCCAGGUGUGCCUGAAGCACGGCUAACACAGGAUGGACAGCCAGACUUGCACGAGGAUGAGCAACAUGUAAAGGUUUAAACAGCAUUUCGUGUUUGAAGGUGUUUGAAAGUGGGCAGAGCUGUUCUCUUUGUUGGAAUGGAUAUGUAAGACUGAAAGAUGAAGGACCUGCUGAGCCUCAUCCACCCAUCUACACACGUCUCCAGGUAGUAAAAUCUAGUAUAAAUUAAUUAAUUAAUUUUAAGAAAAUUAAACUUUCUCA